AUGGAUCAAAAUGGAAGUAUAAUAGAAGUAAGAGGGAAUAACCUGUUAGUAAAUCAAAUAAUAAAUAAUGAAAAUGACAAAAAAUGUAAGAUACAAUUUUUCAAAUUAAAAUUCAAAAGUGAUAAAUUGAGACAAUAUGAAAUUAGCAGUACACUAACAUUAGAAUCUUUUUCUAAAGGGUAUUUAGAAAGCGAAACAAAUUUAUUAUUACUUUCUGAUAAUUCAUUUUAUACAUAUAAUACUGAAAAUAAGGAAAAGACACCUUUAGUAUAUUUAAACAAUUGUGAUCCUAUAGAUUUUGUAUAUUUAAAAAAAGAUAUAAUAUUUAUUAAACAAAAUAAUAAUUCUUUAUAUUAUACUAAUAUGAAUGGAGAUUGUAAUGUUUUAUUAAAAUUAAUAGAACCUCUAUUAAAAUUAAAUUUUUGUUAUAAUAAUAAAAAUGUUAUAUAUUUAAAAACAAAUAGUAGAUUAUAUUUUUUAAAAUGCAUGUAUUUAAAAGAUAAAUCUUUUAAAUUAAAAAAUACUAAUAUGAGUCUUCCAUUGAGGAAUAAAAUGGAUACAGAAGAAUAUGCAUUCCAUUCAUAUAAAAAUCAUUUAUAUAAAAUUAAAAAUGAAUAUAAGCAAGUAAUACAUGUAUGUAGUUACACAAAUAAAGAAGUUAUUAUUUACAAAUUUGUAAAGGGUGUGUUUAAAAAUAAAAAAAAGUGUUUAGCUAAAUUGUGUAUAGAUAAAUUAAAUGGAGAAAACAUAAAGGGGGCAUUUUUUUUUAAAGUAAAUACUGGGGUAGCUACUAACACAAAUGUGCUAAAUAGUUUUAAUGAUAUAAAUGAAGAAAACAACGAAAUAAAUGAAACAAAAAAUAAUGUGAUUGAUAAUAUGAAAGAAGAUGAAGUCAAUGUGCCUAAUAACUCUGAUAAUGAAAAAAACAAAGAAAACAGUAUAAAAUUAUAUUUACUAGUUUUUAGUGAAAAUGGGAAAGUUUUAAUUUAUUUUAUAGAUUAUUUAAAUCAUGAAAAAUUUAAAUUUGGACUUGUGCAUAUAAACAAUGCAAAUCCAAUUAUAUAUAUAGCGUUACCAUUCAAGACAGUUAACAUAAAUAAUGUUACUAAUAUAUUUUAUAAUAGAGUAAUAAAACAGAAAAAUAUAAUUCAAAAAAAAAAAAAAUCAUCAAACAAUUUUAAUAAAUAUAUGGAACAUAUAUCAAAUAAAGAAAAAUAUAUAAAUAGUAAUUUUUUUAUGGACACACUUUUAAUGACUGAAAACAUGGCUACUAUUUAUACUAUACAAAUCCAUCAUGACUUUUUAUCUGAUUUAGAAACUAAUUGUGAAACAACUUCUCUAAGUAUAAUGGAUUCUAAUAAUAAAAUUAUUGGAAUAAAAUCUUCAAUGGAUAUAAAUGAUAAAAAAAUUGUAUUAAAUAAAAUAAUAAAUCAAUCCAAAUUCUCUUGUUAUUCUGAUAGUGAUUCAUAUAUUGAUAGUGACAUAACAUGGAAUAACAGUGACAAAAAUAUGGAUGAUGCAUAUUUGUGUAGUGAUUAUAGUUCAGAGGACGAACAAAUAAAAAAGGGAAUUACUGAUUUGGAGAAAACUCAGGAAAAUAAAGAAAAUAAAACUGAAGAAAUUAAAACUGAAGAAAAUAAAACUGAAGAAAAUAAAACUGAAGAAAAUAAAACUGAAGAAAAUAAAACUGAAGAAAUUAAAAUUGAAGAAAUUAAAAUUGAAGAAAUUAAAACUGAAGAAAUUAAAACUGAAGAAACUACUAAUCCAACUAAUCAAUGCGAGGAUACAAAAUUAAUGGAAAUCCAAAAAUUUGAAAGUAUAAAAAAUGAGCAAGAUGGCUUUAUUAAUAAUAUAAAUAGUGAAAAUAAUAUUGAUGUAAAACAGACUGAAGAUAUCGAAUAUAGUAAAGAUAACGAACGAGAAUGUGAAGAAAUAAAAAAUGAUGAUCAUAUUGAGAACAAUCAAAAUGAUAUUUCAGAAAAUGGAAUAAAUUAUUAUGUAAAAAAAACUGACGCAUUUUCUGAUUCUACAGAAUAUAAUAAUUCAAGAGAAAAUUCGAAUUUAUCUGCUCAGUCCAUAGGAAGUGCAAAUACCUUCAGCCCUUUGCCAUUUUUGAUUAAUGAAAAUGAAACUGAUGAACGUGAAACCAAUCAAGAAAUGAUGCAAAUUGAAGAAGAAAAUGUGACACCGUAUAAGAAGGGGAAAGAAACAAACAAAAAAAAUGGGGAAGAUAAUGAUGAAGGAGGAGAAGAAGAUGAGAAGAGAGAGGAAAGGGAAAAUGAAAGAAAGGAAGAAAAAAAAGAAACAAAGAAAAAAGAAAAUGAUGGAAAGGAAAGAGAAAAAGACAAAGAAAAAGAGAAAGAAGAAAGCGACGAGGACGAAAACAAGCAUUCAGAGAAUGACGACGAAGAAGAAAACGAAGACGAUCAAAAUGAGAAAAAAAAAAAAAAAAAAAAAAAAAAAAAAGGUAAUGACGAACAAAUAAAUGGUGACAUAAUACAUGGUGAAGAAUGUACAAAAUUAAAAAAAAGAAAAAAAGAAAAUGAUGAAAAAAAUGAUGAAGAAAAUGAAACGCUAGAAAAAAGUAAAAAAUUUAAAAAAACAGAAAAUAAUAAAUCAGAAAAAGAAGAUAAAGUUGAUAAUAUAUUGCCAAAUGAUAAACGAAACCAAAAUCAUAACAUUGAAACUGUGAAUAAUGAAUCUAAUUUAUUAAAUCAAAGUAAUAAAACAUGGAAUUAUAUUAAUGAUGAUGAUGAUGAGGAGAAUUUAAAUAAUAAUUUUAUAGUUAUGAGUUCUAUAAUUAAGAUGAAUUUAUCUUUAAAAAGAUAUAAAUCAUUGAAGUCGAUACUUAAUAAAAAUUAUGGUAACGCGGUUUAUGAUACUAUAAAAAAUCUUGGAAAAAAAUAUUCUAUAAAAUUAUUAGAAUAUAUUUUAAACAUGUUAACUGCAGAAUGUCUUCUAAUUAUAUAUGCACUCCCAUGGAUUAAAGCUAUAUACGAAAUAUAUGGUGAUACGCUAAGACGAAAAAAGCAUCGAAUUUUAGUUACUAAAUUAUCUGAAUUUACAGACUUAAAUAUAAAAUGCAAAUAUAUGAUAGAACUAGUUACGAAUAAAAUUAAUUACACAAUUAAUAAUUUAAUGAAAAAUAAUACCGAUCAUUCAGAUAUAUUAACAUACAAAGAUGGAACUAUAAUGAAAUAA